UGGUGGGUAUACGCAAUCAGCCGGAAAGACCCGGUGACACCCGGCUGUUAAUUGCAAAUUCGAUCAUGUUGAAACGCUAUUCGGUGUUCGGGCAGGUGCGGUGUCAACCGCCGGAAAGUUGGAAUGGUAUCCAAUGUGCUAAUGAUCUACUAUCCAUCGAGCUCCAUUCAUGCGGGACGUCAAUGGUGUUCAAUUCUAUGGAUGGAGUGUCGACCGGUCUAGGCGUUGUCAAGGAGACGCGUCAUCGAACGGCACCUGAAGAAGUUGCAAAAGCUUCAUCGAUGAAAUCUCAAUGCAAGACUUCCGAGAUAUUACACACAGGUGCUGAAACAUGCAUUUACGGCCACCGACGAACACUCCCAGCCCAGAUCACCGUCUAUCCUGGAGGGUCUCUCAACCAUCCUAUUCGCAACCCAGACACCGGCGGUUUCAAUAAGCUGAUCGUGUUGGCUCUGCGGGACCUUAUAUGUGCUAUCACUCCAUUGUCGUUACAUGCUACUUCCACCUGCAUCAACUGCCUCAGCCUGCCUCACGCUUUCCCCGCUUUGCUGCUUCCAUUAGAACCACCACCAGGUUCUGACAACCGCGAAGCAACUUGA